GAAAAUUAAUUAAAAAUCGCAUGAACAUUUUAUGAUACAUGGAAAUUUUGCAUUGUGUCAGCGAAAUGCGGCGGUUUCAUCCAGUAAUUAUUAUCGUCAUAUUUUCUAAUGUCAACUCUCUGAAGAUAAGCAAGCCACAUAAUGCAAUACAUCAAUUAUCGGAUAUAGUUUCUGAUAAAAAUAAUAAGCCUAUGAUCGUGGUGGUGGAUACAGAGAAGAAACAACGAGAUGACUUCGAUGAUCUUCUAGUUGAUGGUGAUGAUGGAUUGAUUGAUGAUGAUAGUCAUCAGAAGACAGACGCGAGCGAAGAUGCUGCGUACAUACUGUAUCACUUAUUGCGGACUACCAAACAAGAUGAUGAACCAGACCCUCUCCUCGAAGAAACAAAGCACGCGUUACGUCAGGCUAUCAAAAUAAAAUGCAAGAGGGUUGAGGAGUGUAUAAUAGAGUGUCCUCCGAGAAGGCCCUCCUGCCCACGGAACUGUCAGGAAGUGUUCGACAAUCUUAACCUCUGCCCUCCACCGAGGCCGAAGAGACCAAAAAACGACUGCAGACCAAAAUGUGGGAAGACCAUGCCUCCUAAAUGGUUCUUUUGAGUUAAUAAAUAAACAAUGAUCAUGAAAGAAUGUAAA